CUUUUGAGCUUUGGACUCUACCGUUUUAUGAGUAUCAAUAAUCAAAUAUCUCAUUUACCACUGACACAUUUGAGCUAAAAUGUGUUAUUUUCAAACACCCGUUGGGCGGUUGAUGGAACAUCAUGUAGCUUUGGGCUCAAAGUUUAACCCAGCGUCCCAGCCCAUGAUUUGAGUUAGUUUCUCACUUCUCAUUGCAAACGACAUCGUUUGACCUUUGCCGUUACGAACCCAGAUCCAUUCCAUCAAGUCAUCAAAUCACUGAAUCAGAGCAAAAGCAAGAAAGAACUAGGCAGAUUGACGGAAACACUCUAGGGGAAGAAAUAUGGCAGGAAGACUGAGCAACUUUGCUUCACGGAUCAUGGGAGGGAACGGCGUCGUGAUGCGGUCUGCCGCCGCCUCCCUCCGCGGCCGCGCCGGGAUGGGACUCCCCGUCGGCAGACACAUCGUCCCCGAUAAACCACUGGCGGUAAAUGACGAAUUGGUUUGGGACAACGGUACCAACCUUCCAGAGCCUUGUAUCGAUCGAAUUGCUGAUACUGUUGGAAAGUACGAAGCUUUGGCUUGGUUGUGUGGAGGUUUGAGCUUCUUUGCGUCAUUGGGGUUAAUGGCUGUGUGGAAUGACAAAGCAUCUAAGAUACCCUUUGCACCAAAAGUAUACCCGUAUAACAAUCUGCAAGAGGAGCUUGGCGAUCAAGAUCGAUAGGUUACUACAUUGGUAACCAGCAUCUCAUUAAGUAACCUCUUAUCUGCUGCUUGCUGAGUUCCUCCUGUUUUCGCGUCCGACAUGAGAUAAUGCGGCGCCGGCGGGUUGCUUCUUUGGGAUCGUUUUUAGUGAUGAAUAGAGAGUAGUGGCGCCUCUCUGACUCCGAGUUCGAGACCGUGUCUUCGCUCGAUCGGCAUUGGUAUUUUGUUGCGGAUCUCCCACGGAAUCUGCAAAAUUUGCCAAGAACACAGGUAAUCGAUGGUGUGAUUUGCAUAUACGGGUUGUUGGUAGGUUUGUUUAACAGUAACAAAGUCGGAGGUUAGGGCUUCUAGUUUGAUCAGCCCAGUUAGGGUUGGGUGUGCGGCCAUGAUUGUGCGCUCGUUAAGGGUAUAUAACCUGGUGAGUCUUUUGGAGGUAUAUUGCGUCGGGAGGGUUGGUAGGCAAGGCCAGGUGUUUCCCAUCUAUUACAUGAGUUGAAUGGUCCAUGUUUCGCUUGGUGGGGAAAUCUUUUAUCUGGUAUGAUUCCUAUUGCCCUUCCCUGUUGCCUAUAUUUUUUAAAUCCAGAUGGAAAAUCCAAGAGCUGCGCCUUGAUUUGCUCAAUGAUGCGCUUGCUGCAAUAGCAUGUGAAUGAUUAUCUUUUGUUGCAUCUUGUUGUUGGUCUACAAUGCCUGAUUAUGGCUGUUCGAUUAUUAUUAUUUAUGUUGCCAUUUGCAUAC